CGCAGCAGUACACUUCGGAAGAGCGGUGAGGGUAUACGUCUGUGAUUUAUUUCCACUAAAUUAUUCGCUAAAAUGGUGAAAGUAGACGUUAAAUACACAAAGCUGUUCAUCAACAACGAGUGGGUGGACGCUGUCAGCAAGAAGACCUUCACCACCAUCAACCCUCAGGAUGAGUCCGUCAUCGCCCGCGUGGCUGAAGGAGACGAUCCGGACAUAGACAAAGCAGUAGAAGCUGCGAAGAAGGCCUUUCACCGCUGUUCCCCGUGGAGAACCAUGGACGCUUCCCAGCGAGGGCUCCUGAUGCUGAAGCUAGCAGACCUGAUGGAAUCCCAGGCUAGGUACCUGGCGGAGCUGGAGACCCUGGACUGCGGGAAGCCGGUGAAGGAAGCGGAGAGCGAAGUGUACUAUUCUAUCACAGUUUUGAGAUUUUACGCCGGGAAAGCCGAUAAGAUUUUGGGAAACACAAUUCCUGCAGAUGGCGAAGUGUUGUCUAUUACACUGAGGGAGCCUGUCGGAGUCUGCGCGCACAUCAUACCCUGGAACUACCCCAUUCCUAUGAUGGUCUUGAAAGUAGCACCAGCACUCGCUGCAGGGUGCACGAUGGUGGUGAAGCCCGCGGAGCAGACCCCCCUCACGGCCCUGGCGCUGGCGGCCCUGGUGAAGGAGGCUGGCUUUCCCCCCGGGGUGGUCAACGUGGUGCCGGGGUUUGGCGCCACGGCCGGCAAGUCCCUCACCUACCAGCCGUACGUCGAUAAAAUCUCAUUCACUGGAUCCACGCGGGUUGGACGAAUUAUUAUGGCAGCAGCCGCGGCUGUUAACAUUAAAAGGGUUAGUUUGGAGCUUGGAGGAAAGAGUCCGUUAGUUGUGUUUGAUGAUGCCGAUGUUGAGAAAGCAGCCCAAAUAGCCCACGCCGCCGCAUUCGCCAACGCUGGGCAAAGCUGCUGCGCGGGAUCCCGGACGUACGUGCAGGCCGGCGUGUACGACCGGUUCGUGCGGGAGGCCGGCGAGAUCGCGCGCACCAGGGCCGUGGGGAACCCCUUCGAUGACGUCCAGCAAGGGCCGCAGAUCGACAAGACUAUGUUCGACAAGGUGCUGGAGUACAUCAAGCUUGGCAAGACGUGUGGCGCCCGCUGCGUGGCUGGCGGGGAACGGCUGGGCACCAAGGGCUUCUACAUCAAACCUACAGUAUUUGCCGACGUGCAGGACCACAUGAGGAUCGCGAGAGAAGAGAUCUUUGGGCCCAUCCAAUGCAUCUUCAAGUUCGACACGUUCGAGGAGGUCAUCGACCGCGCCAACGACUCCCACUACGGGCUCGGCGCCGGCGUCAUCACCAACGACAUCACCAGAGCGCUGUCUUUCGCCAAACAAGUCCGCAGCGGGUCCAUUUGGGUCAACACCUACGAUCACGUAACUAGUCAAACUCCAAUCGGCGGAUUUAAGAAUUCUGGUAUCGGCAGAGAAUUAGGAGAGGAGGGAAUCAAGCAAUACUUGGAGAGCAAGACAGUCACGAUAUCGUUACCCAAGUUCCCUCAGUUCUCGUAGCUAAGACUCCUGCGCAGCGAUUAAACGAUAUUUAUAAUGUUUUAUAUUUACGUCUACACUUUGUUAUUGUCAUAAGUUAAAAAUAAACAGAUGAAUAUUUUCAAAUAA